AUGUGCCACUGCCACAUGGCCCCGCACGCUGGACAUCACCACGGGCUGCUGGCCGCCCUGCGGCCUCAUCUGGCGGUCAUCUUCCACUGCCUCUUUGCUUCACUCCUGGAGGGAGUGAGCCCCUUCAGUGCGCCUCCAGAGAGUCCUCCGAGCAUCCCGAUGCUCUUCCCACUUGCCCGGGAGCAGGUGCCCCCAACUUCUGCCUUGCCUGCCUUCGGACGUGACGCCACCCUGGGCUUCUAA